GAAUAACAGGGGCCAGCUGAGAGCGCCUGCGCGGCGGUCGGUUGGUAGGGUUCUGGUCCGGAAAACUAAGUCUUGGGGUUGCCCCUGAGCAGGAGUUGUCCUGGAGAGCCUCAGGCUUCAGUCCAGGCCCUGAAUGGCUGGUCUCCAGUUGGCUCCACCUCUGCCUGUGGGCGUUAUGCUCCCAUAUAAUAAGGCAGAUGCCCCAGGGAACCAUUCCGCUAAGCAAGACCACUAUGAAAAAGAUGGCUCUUCCCAGCGCUCCUCGAUGGGGCACCUGAGGAACAAUUCCCAGCAGAAGCUUUUGAGCAACAAUGAGCUGGCGCUGGAUAAUCUGUACACUCACUCCAAAUGGAACGCCUGCACCAAAGCCCAGAGCUACUACCAUCCCCACUGUGCUGGAAUCAGCCAGCAGGAUCCCAGAAACAAUCUCUGGGGCCAAGCAAAGGGUUUGUUUCACUCAUCAAGCUCUCAAUCCCAGUACCCCAAAGCACAUAACCAGGAAUUCAUCCCCUUUACAAAGAAACGAAUUGGAGUGGACCGGGCAUACCCACUGAAACCCGUAUUCCAUCGGAAGUCUUGUAGUACACGUGAGACUGGCACUGAUGGGGACCAGAAUGUCUCUCCCAGACCCCCUGAGCCAAGAGAGUUUUCAUACAGCAGCUUGGGUUCAAGGAACUGGGUGAGUUCAUCUGUGGUUGGUACUGUUGCUGCCACGCAGGAGAAGAGGGCCAUGCCAAACCGCCAUGGGACUGAAUGGACACAGAUCCAAAGACUAGAAGCUGCUGGAGAAAGUUUAGAGGAGGAAAUCCGAAGAAAAGAGAGCCUCCUAAGGGAAAAGCUGAAGAAGACAGAGGAGGAACUCAGAAGGAUCCAUAAAGAAAAGGAACAGGCUGAGGAAAAGGCAAAAAGAGAGCCACAGAGAAUGACAUUUCCCAGGAGGAGAAGUAAAGGUAAUAGCAACACUGUGUACAAACCUAUCUUCUCCCCAGAAAACAGGUCUAAGGAGGUCUUCGGUCGAGACAGGCAAGAGGAUGAAACUUGGGGACGGUCUCAAGAAAAUUCUAGUCCAUUCCAUUUUUCUGAUUAUGGAAUACAGAAGCUCAGAAGGGAAAGACUAAUGGCAAGCAAUAACAAAAUCCGAGCCUACGUCUCGGGGCCGUUGAAGCAGAACUUUUCUCAGCCCUCAGAAGCGCCGGGCAGUGCUUUGCCAGGAUCCACACGCCAUUCUAGCUUGUCUAAGGCACCAGACUCUUCAGGUUCCAGCUGUUCCACUCAAGAGCCAGAACUUGGCAAGUGCAGCCACUGUGGACGCAAGUUUCUCUUGCUCAGGCUGGAGAGACACUCCAACGUCUGCAGCAGGAUACAUGGUUCCAAGAGGAAAGUGUUUGACUCCUCUAGGGCCCGGGCCAAGGGCACAGAACUAGAGCAGUACUUGAACUGGAAGGGACCAGCCUCAGUCAAGGCUGAACCUCCUCGGAAGAGCAACUGGAGACAGAAGCAUGAAUCUUUCAUACGUACCCUCCGUCAGGCUCGAGAGGUCCAGCAGGUAAUUGCCAAAGGUGGCAACCACUCAGACUUGCCUCCCAUCCUGCCUGCAGAAAAUCCAGACUAUAUUCAGUGUCCUCACUGUAGCCGCCACUUUGCUCCUAAGGUGGCUGAGAGGCACAUUCCCAAGUGUAAGACCAUCAAGAACCGCCCUCCACCCCCAAGGAAGCAUUGCCGUUGAGCAAACAGCGGAAACCUCAGUAGUUCAGAAAGCUCUGCUUCUCUUCAGCAGGAAAUGGGAGAAUUUGAUGUUAACGCAGAAACAACGAAAACUUGCCACAUCACCCAGAUCUGUCUGCAGAGCUGAAAUCAGUGAGGAGAGACCCACUGCUAAGCAGCAGGGGGCAAAAAGGAAGCCUGGGCUUCCCACCAAAUGACCACCUCGGGCUGGUGUGCCGUAUGUUAUUGCCUAAGUGAUGGGUGAAGACUGAGGAGUAGCAAGCAGGCCACAUUAAAACUCUCUUCUCACAAGCUCACUUGUGGUUAGUGCUAGUUAAGUACCUGUCUUUGCUCUGCCCUCUUGCCACUGGCUCUGCAUGUUUGUCUGAUUCCUCUUAACUCUUCUUGCUCCUGCAAGAAGUUGACUCAUUAGGAUGUUUGUGUCAGGAUCACCGUCCCUCAGAUGGGUAUCCUUUAUAAAAGAUAAUACGAUUUUGUUGUAAGGCAAAUGGAAGCCUAUCCUUGACCUCCCUGGUGCAUGGUCCUGGCCAAAAGCCAACACAAGUCCGUAAGGUUAGGGUGCCAAUAUAUCCUAGACCCUCCCUGUGGUGUACUGUGUAACAAAGGGAACCCUCAUCUUACCUACUUCACAGGGUAGGGAUGGGAGAAAUGACACUAUGUAUCUCUCUGUAGUUUCUUUUCUACUGUCAAAGAAAGGGAAGAAACUUCAGUUUCACCUAUUGCUAGCAAUCUGCUUUCAAAUUAGGUCGGUAGGUUGGUUGGAUGGCUUUUUAAAUGAGGCAGCAAAAUGUACCAUCAAAGCAAGCUGGGACAUUGCUGUGUCACAUGUCCCUGGCUGAUUAUACCACAGUAAACUUCUAUUUUAGAAAGUAAACUUUGAAGGAAAAGAUACCAGAUCUUUUGAAUCUUCUCUAUGCAGAAUCAUGCCUAGUGCAAGUAACCUUUAUAUUUAGGCCCUCAAUUAGGUGGGUUUUGGAGAUUUAAAAUUAAAUAAUAAAAUGAGUGAGUCCUAGAUUUGUCAAAUGGAAUCAGUGUUAAGGCAGCAUCUGAAGGGGAUAACAUCAGUUCUCAUAGGAUGAAGCCAGCAUAACAGAUCUGAAAUACUAGUAGGGUUAUUGUCCUCAGAGCAUUACUCAAAUUGUUAGUUUAAAAUACUGGAAAAAAUCACCCAACCUGGUCUGGGCAAAGGGGACUGGGCAGAAACAAAACCAUGUUUUACUAAACAAAAGAUGGCCACUCUUCUUCCAUUUCUUCUGUAGCUUCUGCUAAGUGGCUCAGCUAACAGACCAGACCAAUUUGAAAUGUGAAUUUAAGGCUUUAGCUGUGAAGCUGCAGGACACUAGGCUGAAAAAAACACGUUUUUAAAAAAAACAGCACAUAUUGAAUUGCUUUAUGGUCUUCUUAAUUAUUGCAAAGAAAAAAAGAGUUCUCACAUAACAGGGAUUUUGCUUGGCCAAUCAAAGAAAGCUCACACAGACACAGUGGAUAUUUAACCCAAUAUAUACACUCCCCAGGCGAGUUUAAUGAGGUAUACACUUUGUUUCACACUCGAUGGUAAAAACAAUAGAUGGCAAGAAUGACCUGUGGCCAAGAUCACAAAGUGGUAGCGUGGACUGCUUUGCCCCACAGGUGUUUUAUUUGGCUGGCACAGCACCCAAAAUACAGUCUGGCAUUUUAAAAUUGGGAUAUGGAGCAUCUCUUAAAAACCUGGAAGUUCUGGAAACACCAAGCCAGCAACCCUGCGUAGCACUGAGUGGGGUUCAGAAGCAGUUGCUCUUGCUCCGUCAGACUGGGGGAGCAUUCAGAGCACUGCAGCCCCACCUGGCCGGCUUCACUUAUGUGCCUCAUCUGCCUGGUCCCCAUGGGCACUUGGGUUUGGGAUCCCCGGAUGAUGUUAUUAAGGUCACAGAUCAGGGCCCCCCAGGGAAAACAAAUGUGUGUGGGGGGGUGCGAGGCAGGGGGGAGUGCUUUCUACAGACACAGGAAGCAGUCAUUCAUUCUUAUGCUGCUAGAGAAAUAAAAUAGUGUCUUAGCGUUCCCUUUGAUCUCAACAUGCUUAGGUCUUGAUUGUAUCAGGAAUAUCUGUUAGUCUUCUAAAUUUAGCUUGAUCUUAUCUUUGGAAAGAGGUUGGAAACCUUUUUCUAAGUUUCUUCCUGGAUAGCAGAGGGUGAUGGUGGAUAAAUAAAUGCUGCUUGUUAGUGUCCAUGAAUUAUAUACUACUUUAUCCAAGAACCUUUGGUGCAAGUAAAUGUUAUAAAUUUUAAAGUCCAGAAGGUUAAGCAGUGGGGAAAAUCUCAUGGUGAAACUCACUUAAUUUAGAAGUGUAGCUGACACAGUGCUCCUUAACAGCGGGUGUAUUUCACGCAGCACAGUACGUUUUGGCCAACAUUUUUUUUGUCAUCGAUUUAUCACUCUUCACAACUACACAGGAGGUAGCAGAGAGUGAUAUUGUUUUUCUCCCUAAAGUUACGAUUCUGUGAAGUUUAGUGAUCAGUAUGUUUAUUUCCAUAGUUAAUCACUGAAGCAAUAAAUGAUUUUUGGCUUUGUAGCAGGAAGGAACAUGUUUUGUAGUCCUGAUUACAACCCACUCUGCUCGGACACUAUCAUGAAUAAUACUUCUUUGGAGGCUCAGGAAUACUCAAUUGGAAGAAUUUAUUUACAAUACAUCUUUGCUCCAGAUUUGUUCUCUUGAUCAUGAAUGUUUCCAAAUAUCUGGCAAACCAAAUGAAAUGUGAGUUUAAGGCUGCCUUUGCUUUAAACUUGAGUGAAAUGCUCAGCCAGGAGAAACUGUGACUUGGCUGUGCUAUGUACGCCAGGGGGACUAAAUACAGUUCAACCUCUUUGAGGGAAAAGUUUUAUAAACAUAAACUGGUAUUAUCACUUGAAAAAGACCACUGUGACUGGGGAGCUAAGUACAAGAAGUGAUUCUUCCUCUCCUAAUUUUAAUUUUUUUCCCCCUCUCAUUUUAAGCACUAUAUUUUAGAAGUUUUGAGGGAAAAAAGCUGCAGCAGCAGCAAUGAUCCUGUUAGCAAGAAAAAGAAAUUGGAAAGACGCAAAGAUUAUUUCUGUGCAAAUGUCCCUUGCAUUCUGUUACAGACCACUUAUUUGUUUAUAUAAAGGCUCACUGAAUCAAAGAUUCAUGAAGGCCUAGAAUCUGAGUGUUUUAUCCCCAGUGACUAAGGUCCAUGUGCAGACUUACUGAGGCAUAGCACUGAUUGAGAAUUUAAAUGUUUAUUUAAAACAGAAAUGCCAAACCACUCCACCCUCAACCUUUCAAACAUCUGACUAACAAUAAGCUAGUUCUUCAGCAACAAUGUCAGAGCAGAGGAGUAACUCAGGUUAUACUAUAACUCAAAAGCAAUAUUACUGGAAAUAUACCUAGCACUACAUAGAAGG